AUGGAUCGUCAUCAAUCGUCAUCAAACCAUCAAAUUCCACUCUCAACACUCCAUCGUCAAUCACCCUUCCUCAAGAAACUCGAUAAACUUACUACCUUUGACAUCUCUAACAUCUUUCAACCUCGUCUCGGUCCUCGUUUACCUCGUCUAGUCUCAAUCAAUUUACCACUACCUAACACUGCAUGGAAAUCAGAUAAACACAACCAACCUAUCAUCGGUAAACCACUACCAUCUUGGCUUUACCCGAGUAAUCAGAUUAGGACUGCCAAAUAUUCGCUCAUCACUUUCAUUCCGCGUAACUUACUCGAACAAUUCAGGAGGAUCGCAAACGUUUUCUUCCUUAUUCUCGUCAUCCUCCAAUUCAUCCCCAAAUUCUCUCAAGUCUCCCCUAUCUUGGCAUGUCUUCCACUACUCGUCGUACUAGGCGUAACGGCCGCCAAGGAUGCCUACGAGGAUGUAAAACGACAUCAAGCGGAUUCUAAUACUAACAAACAAGUCGUUCACAUCUUGAGAUCAUCAGCAUCAUCGCCUUCGUCUGACUAUCUCAAUCCAAACUUGACGCAACCGAAGCAGAGUCCCUUUAAAUUCAAGUGGCUUCAAAGAAAACCCGAAGGUAACAAAGAUGCUGCCCUCCUCGCAAGCGAAUUACAACCUCAGGCUUCAAUUCCAGACGGACCCACAAUCGUAAAGAAACAUUGGUGGGAUCGAAAAGUGAAAGUUUCAAAGUCACCGGAUAAACUUGAGAAAUUGCAUACUGGUCAUUCGUCUCUACCUUCUCGUCUUGACCGCGAUCUUCAAUCCCCUGUUUCGCUAAAUCGUCCGCAUGAUCAUCAUCAACACCGGGAAGUUAAAUUCAGAAGAUCCGCAUGGGAAGAUUUGAGAGUUGGAGAUCUUGUUAGGCUUCGAAAUGAUGAAGCCGUACCUGCCGAUAUCAUCAUCUGUUCUACUUCUGAUGAGGAAGAGAACGUGUGUUUCAUUGAGACGAAGAAUUUGGAUGGCGAGACUAACCUCAAAUCACGUCAUGCGAUCAAAGAACUCAGCCAUCUACGCUCGGUCUCCGACUGUCUCAAAACUCAAGAUCCUAGAAAUCGAUUUGUCAUUGAGAGUGAGGCACCGGAUCCGAAUCUAUUCAAGUACAAUGCUGCUCUCAUCUUCCCCGAAAUCAAACCGAAUUCCGUCAAGUCCCAGUCGCUUGAACCAACCGAGAAAUCCAAAGAUGGACACGAUGCAUUACGCGUGGCUGUCAAUCUCAAUACCAUGUUGCUGAGGGGUACCGUUGUUCGUAAUACAGACUGGGUGAUUGGAGUAGUGGUAUUCACUGGGCCUGACACGAAGAUCAUGAUGAAUUCGAGUGGAACCCCUUCUAAACGAAGUAAAGUCGAACGUCUCAUGAACCCCAUGGUUUUCAUCAACCUUGGUAUCCUUGCCCUCAUGUGUCUUUUCAACGGAAUCGGUACACAUCUUUCAGAAAGGUACUACUACGAUCGUAAUUCGUAUUGGACUGUUUAUUCAGAUUCGUCUGAUGAUAAUCCGAAUAUCAACGGCGCCGUAGGAUUUGCAAAUGCCAUGAUCACCUAUCAGAAUAUCGUACCCAUCUCUCUUUACAUCUCGAUUGAAUUUGUCCGUACAAUGCAAGCGCUGUUCAUCUGGGCCGAUGAUCACCUUUAUUAUCGUCCAACCAAGAAACGUACAAUUGCUAGAUCCUGGAAUCUUUCUGACGAUCUUGGACAAAUCCAAUACAUUUUCAGUGACAAAACUGGAACACUCACCCAAAACUUGAUGCAGUUUCGACAAUGCUGCAUUGGUGGCAAGGUAUAUAGUGGAAUAGAUCGAUUAGGACCGAUUGUAGAAGAAGACGAGGAUGAGACCGUUGCUGUCACAUCGAGAUCACUAAGCACGGGAUCAUCCGAUUCCACGGGUCCGAAGCUGAAGAAGAAAGCGAGCGAACCAUCAGUAAUAAACAGUGCAGAUCCCGAGGUCACUGAAUUGCCUACAAUCGAACCCUUUCAAGAUAUCGGAUUAAUCAACGACCUCUCCGACCCUAAAUCGGACCAGGCAAGACUUAUUCACAGUUUCUUUGCUACUCUUGGUCUUUGUCACACUGUCUUGGCCACAGAAGACGAGACGGGCACGAUUCAGUACAAAGCUCAGUCUCCUGACGAAUCUGCCCUUGUACAAGCUGCCGCAGAUGUAGGUUUUGUCUUUAGAGGUCGAGAAAGAAACGUACUGCGAUUGCAAGUGCCUUCGGACUUGGCCAAAACUCGAACCCGCAACACUGAAAUAAAUGAAUUUGAACUUUUAGAAGUCAAUGAAUUCACCAGUGCUCGAAAGAGGAUGAGCGUGGUUGUGCGAAGAUUGGAUUCAUCGGACGGUCGAACCAGAACAUCGACAGAUGGAUUACCUACCGGAGAAAUCUUUUUACUUGUCAAAGGAGCUGAUAACGUCAUUUUUGAAAGAUUGGGAUCAGGUCAAGAUGAAAUCAAGAAAAAAACAGAUGAUCAACUUGAAGAAUUCGCUGAUCAGGGACUACGGACACUUUGCUUAGCUUGUCGACAAUUGAAAGAGGAUGAGUUUUUAAGCUGGUCGAGCAAAUAUACAACAGCUUGUUCACAAGUUGGACCUGAGAGAGAAAAAGAUAUUGAAGCGGUUCAAGAUGAAUUAGAACACAGUUUGCACUUGUUAGGUGCCACUGCUAUUGAGGACAAACUUCAAGAUGGUGUUCCUGAGACUAUUGCUGAAUUGAAACGUGCUGGUAUCAAGGUUUGGGUGGCUACGGGUGAUAAGUUGGAAACAGCUGUUGCUAUCGCUCGGUCGUGCAAUCUGAUUGCGAAAGAUAUGAACUUGAUCGUCAUCCGAGGUGGUGCUUAUGGAACAAGGUCAUCAACUUACAGUCAAAUGAGAAAAGCUUUAGUGGAUUUUUUCGAUGCCGAUGAGUUAGUCGAAAACCUGAAAGAAAUGCCACCAGACUACGUUAUGAAUUCAGAGCGACGACCUUCGAGGUUUUCAACCCACUCCCAAGCACAACCAGGGGAGGAGCCAAUUGAUCUACACGAUAUCGUCGGUGAAGAUAACGGCAAUCGUCAAGGUGGAUAUGGGCUUGUUAUCGAUGGUGCAUCUUUACAUCAUGCAUUUGAGGAAGCUUUCACCAAAGAAAUUUUACUUGAACUAUCGACUCGAUGCCAAGCUGUAGUCUGUUGUCGUACUUCACCCAAACAAAAGGCCGAAAUCGUAAGUUUGGUAAAAGACGGUACAAAUUCCAUGACUUUAGCUAUAGGUGACGGAGCAAAUGAUGUAUCAAUGAUACAAGCUGCUGAUAUAGGAAUUGGAGUAUCAGGUGAAGAAGGAUUACAAGCUGUGAAUUCGUCUGAUUAUGCUAUUGGGCAAUUCCGUUAUCUCUCAAGAUUAUUGUUUGUUCAUGGACAUUGGUCUUAUGAUCGAAAUUCGAGGAUGAUUUUGAAUUUCUUUUAUAAAGAAAUCAUUGGAAUCUCUGUACUUUGGUUUUUUCAAUUUUGGUGUGCUUACUCGACGACGACUUACUAUGAAUAUACAUAUCUCUUGUUCUACAACGUGUUCUGGACUUUACUGCCUGUCCUUGGAAUCGGAAUUUUUGAUCAAGAUAUUCGACAAAGAGUCUUAGUCUCUGUACCUGAACUUUAUUCGGUCGGAAGAGACGGAAAAUUAUUUGGAUUGAAGAAUUUCGCUUGGUACAUGGCCCAAGGGAUUUACCAAGGAGCAGUGUGUUACUUUUUCAUCUCGUUUGCUUACGACACCACCAGUCCAAGAUCAGAUGGGAUCGACGUGAAUAUCAAUGAAGUUUCGACAGUGGUGAUUGUGGCGGUGAUCAUCGCUUGCAAUGCUUUUCACGCCUUGAAUCAAUUUGCAUGGAAUACAUUUAUGACCGUCUUUGUCUUGGUGGGACCGGUCUUGAUCGUAUUGUACACGGCUGUAUACUCAGCUUUCAAACCUAGUUUCAUUUGGACAACCGUUUAUGGAAACAAUUACUAUCUAUGGGCUGCACCUUACUGGUGGUUCGGGAUCCUCUUCACUGUUGUUUUGUGCCUCUUACCAGGGUAUCUUGUCAAGUAUUAUCGGGAAAUGUACCAUCCAACUGAUCUAGAAAUCCUACGAUACAUUGACCGAAUCGACCCAGAGCAUGACUACAAAACUGAUCCUCAGAUGCCAUAUCUUCGAGAGCUUUCCAAAUAUGACAAUAACGAAGGAGGAAGGCCGAUGAUCAGGAAACAACCUACUCAUUCUAGUCUUGAACCGAGCCUAGCGCGUGUGGAACGCACUAGGACUUCGAUUAGUGUUACUCAUGAUAUGGCGACUGGUCAAGCUUCCCCGUCUGGAGUUGGAAGAGGGUUCGGAUUUGACCAAGCUGAUGGCGUUGGAGAGAUUGCCGUCGGGAAUCGGUUGAGAAGAUUUAAUUCUAGUCGACUGAGUAUUCCUGAAGCGACACCUCAGAGGGGGCAUGCGGCCUCAAAUAGUCGAGAUCGGAGUCGCUCCAUUCGUAUUGGAAAUCUAGAGAUCGGAGCAGGAGGUGUCAGAAUUGGAUCACCGCGAAAUUCACAUGGACACAAUAGCAAACUGGCGAAACGAAUCUCAGAUUUCAUUCAUCACCCUCGACCUAAGUCGAGUGGAAGCGAUCAUAGAACUAGAAUAAGUGACAGACCAGAAGAAGAAACUGAUGAAUCACAGAGAAGAACAGGAGAAGGUUUAAGUGUGAUUCUGGAUCCACCCACUGAAGAUCUUGAACCGAGAAGAGAAUUAAAUCAAAGUACUAAUCAAAGGAAUCCAAAUCGAUUAUCAUCAGGUCUUGCAUCAAACUCAUUGAAUCCACCUUCUUUUCCUUCUUUAAAUUCAUCAAUGGUCUUAUCUGAUCGACAUGAUGAGGAACAUGAAGAAGAAGAUACUUCAUAG